AUGUCCACAGGGAACCCAGAGUCUGGGUCAGAGGGUCGGGGCCAGCACUAUGGGGCUGUGGCCUCAGAGCAGCGGUCCUCUCUGACUGGGCACACCCCCUGGAGCCUGCCCCGCUGGAGAGCUUAUGUGGCGGCUGCAGUGCUUUGCUACAUCAACCUUCUGAACUACAUGAACUGGUUCAUCAUUGCAGGAGUGCUGCUGGACGUGCAGAGGUUUUUUAAGAUCAGUGACAGCAACGCAGGCUUGCUUCAGACUGUUUUCAUCAGCUGCCUGCUGCUGUCUGCACCAGUGUUUGGCUACUUGGGCGACCGAUACAGCCGCAAGCUGACGCUGAGUUGCGGGAUCCUACUGUGGUCAGGAGCUGGUCUCUCCAGCUCCUUCAUCUCCUCCCAGUAUCCCUGGCUCUUCUUCUUGACCCGGGGCCUCGUGGGCAUCGGCACAGCCAGCUACUCCACCAUUGCACCUACCGUCCUGGGUGACAUCUUCGUGAAGGACCAGCGGACUCGCGUGCUGGCCAUCUUUUAUAUAUUCAUCCCUGUUGGAAGUGGUCUGGGCUACGUCUUGGGGUCGGUUGUGACCAAGCUGACUGGGAACUGGCAUUGGGCCUUCCGCAUUAUGCCCUGCCUCGAGGUGGUGGCCUUGGUUCUGCUCCUUGUGUUUGUUCCAGACCCGCCCCGGGGAGCUGCUGAGAAACAAGACAUGGCAGACAUGGGGGGCCUGAUGAGCAGCUGGUGUGUGGAUGUCAGAUACCUGGUGAGAAACCGGAGCUUUGUGUGGUCGACCCUUGGAGUGACAGCCAUGGCCUUUGUGACUGGAGCCUUGGGUUUCUGGGGCCCCAAGUUUCUGUUUGAGGCCCAUGUGAUCCACGGACUGCAGCUUCCCUGCCAUCAGGAACAGUGCGACAGCCAGGACAGCCUGAUUUUUGGGAUAAUAACCGUCGUGACUGGCAUCAUUGGAGUUGUCCUGGGGGCAGAGGCUGCAAGGAGAUAUAAGAAGGUCAACCCGAGGGCUGAACCCCUCAUCUGUGCCUCCAGUCUGCUUGUUGCAGCUCCCUGCCUCUACCUGGCUCUUGUCCUGGCCCCAAGCUCUCUCCUGGCCUCCUACGUGUUCCUGGCCCUUGGGGAGCUGCUGCUAUCCUGCAAUUGGGCAGUGGUUGCUGACAUCUUGCUGUCUGUGGUGGUGCCCAGGUGCCGGGGGACAGCAGAGGCACUUCAGAUCACAGUUGGCCAUGUCUUGGGAGAUGCCAGCAGCCCCUACCUCACUGGACUUAUCUCCAGCACUCUGCGUGCCGGGCGCCCCAACUCCUACCUUCAGCGCUUCCUCAGUCUGCAACACAGCUUCCUGUGCUGUGCCUUUGUCAUUGCCCUGGGCGGUGGCUGCUUCCUGCUGACUGCGCUGCACCUGGAAAGAGAUCAGGCCCAGGCCCAGCGGACUGGCCCAGGUCCUCCCACCCCUCCUCUGAAGCCAGGGACCCUGGACAGCAAGGCUGUGGAGAGACAAAGUCUGCUUUUAGGUGCAGAAGCCCCUACAGAAGACCCCCGAGACCCUGCCCACUCUGCCUGA